CACAGACACACAAAGCCGAAACAUUUGAAACACGAGUUGUUCUUUUCGAAUACACGCACACAGACAACACACUUGGGGAGAAACCGGCUCCGCAAGCGAGGAGCGACUGGUGCGCACAAGUGUGACCGCUUUAGGCGCGCGUGAGGACGGCGAUGCUGUGGCUCUGCAGCCCCUCUCCCUGUCCGCUUCAACUUCUUUGACUUUUUUUAUUUUUAAACACAGCAUCCUAAAGGAAGUUGGGACCUUUUUCCUUUUGUUUGUGAAGAUUUCUUUGAGUAAAUAUGAGCGGUCGUCUCGCUGUCACUUUCCCACGCCUUUUAAUUGGUGAAACGUCUUAUUCAUUUCUAAGGGUGGGAUAAAUAAUUCAAAAAAAGAAAGGAAAGAGGAAAAAAAAGGUGUGACAGUAGCUUGGCGGACAACUGUGGAUCUCUACGAGUAACUCCUACCGUCCAAGAGGGGGGGGGGGGGGAGAUGAGGAGGGGGGGGGGGCAUCGGCCGUACCCCCCUCUCCUUGAUUGAUUAGUUAUUAGUCAUCCCUUUGGCUAAAUGGGACCCAUUGAAAAGGCACCGUGGAACACAUACAUGAAUCAAAUAUUCCUCGUGUCCCCUCAAUGUCUCACAGUAGUUUUGCUUAAGAAGAGAGGGGGUCGUGGCUUAGCAUUAUAAAGAGAAGGGGAAAACAGCAAAGCUUUAUGAGGUUUAUUUAGACACUUUCAACCGCAAAAAAAGAAGAGGAUUCCAAACAGAGGAGGAAUUGUGGACUAUAUUUUUCUAUUCGGGAUUUUUAUGCCACAUUUGUUGGCAUUUUUCAUUGUGAAAAAAUGAAACUUUGGACGUCUCCCUGGGUGUCCUGUCUGGUGAUUCUCAUCCUGUGUUUUGGAUCAGAGUGCGGGACUGUGGAGCGGCGGAAAGGCAGAUCCAAGAGGGACUUGGUGCUCAUGAGGGAGGCAAGAGCCAUCGUCCCGGGGGCUUGCGCCACGCGUCUGCCCCGGGGCAAGCGCUCCCUGGCCGGCUUGGAGCGCCGGGGGCUCCGCCAGCGUCGACGCUCGUCCUCGCAGCCGGAGGUGAGCUCCCCUGAGCGGGGCAAGGCUGUCUAUUUCACCGGCAGGGGCGACCAGCUCCGGCUGAAGCCCGGCGUGGAGAUCCCCAGAGGAAACUUCACACUUGAGAUGUGGAUCAAGCCGGAGGGAGGUCAGCGAUCACCCACCGUUAUAGCAGGCCUUUACGACAAAUGUUUCUACGCCUCCAGCGACCGAGGCUGGUUGCUUGGCAUCCAGUCGGUCAGUGAACAUGGCAACCGAGACCCUCGCUUCUUCUUCUCCCUUAAGACAGAUCGAGCUCACAAGGCCACCGUCAUCCACUCCAAUGCACGCUACGUACCAAACCAAUGGGCCCAUCUUGCUGUCACCUACGAUGGCGUCUACAUGAAGCUCUUUGUCAACGGCGCCCAAGUUGGCGUGAGUCGCGAGCAAUCGGGUGACGUCUUCAGUCACCUGACCAAAAAGUGCAAAGUACUGAUGAUCGGGGGAAACGCACUGAAUCAUAACUACAGAGGGGCGGUGGAGAGGGUGGCACUGUGGAGACAUGCUCGGGGGCAGAGGCAGAUUAUCAGGGAUAUGCAGGGCAAUGAGGAUCUGCAAGAUCUACCUCAACUGGUCAUACGUGAAACUUUUGAGCAUCCAGGCAGGAAGUGGCUGACUGUAAAAGACGGUAGCUUCCCUCAGCCAGAGCUGAGGGGAAGUGGACGGAUGGGUUUUCAUGGCGGUGGAGGAAAUGCUGAAGGACUAUUAGACACGACGCUAGAGCCCCCAGCUUGUGGCCAAACGGUUUGUGACAACGUAGAGGUCAUCAAAAAUUACAACCAGCUUUCCAGCUUCCGACGCCCCAAGAAAGUACGUUAUCGUGUGAUAAAUAUCUGGGACGAUACGCGGACCAAGCCAACCGUGUCAGACCACCAAAUCAGCUUGCAGCACCAGCGUCUUAAUGACGCUUUCAGUCCCUACAACAUCACCUGGGAGCUCAGCAUUCAUAACAUAACCAACUCGUCCCUUCGGAACAGAUUGAUCCUCGCUAACUGCGACAUCAACAAAGUGGGUGACGACACUUGCGACCCAGAAUGCAACCAUCCACUCACCGGUUUCGACGCAGGAGACUGCGUGUCGGGCCACCGGAGUCGCUGCCCUGAGAGCAAGCAAGGAAACGGCGUGUGUGACCCGGAAUGUAACUGGGAAAAUUUCUACUACGACCUCGGUGACUGUUGCAACCCUGCUAUAACGGAUGUGACCAAGACCUGUUUCAACCGCUCCUCUCCACACAAAGCCUAUUUGGAUGUGAAGGAGCUCAAAGAGAUCCUGCGCUUGGACGGCUCUACUCACCUGAAUGUUUUCUUUGCCAACUCCUCUGAUGAAGAUCUAGCCGGGGUUGCCACUUGGCCAUGGGACAAAGAAGCCCUCACGCAUUUAGGUGGAAUUGUGCUGAACCCGUCCUUCUACGGCACAUUCGGCCACACCGACACCAUGGUUCAUGAGGUGGGUCACAGUCUGGGCCUCUACCACGUCUUUCGAGGGAUCUCUGAGGUCGAGUCGUGCAACGACGCUUGUUUGGAGACUGAGCCUUCCAUGGAGACCGGCGAUCUAUGCGCCGACACCAACCCCACGCCCAAGUUCAAAGGCUGUCAUGAUCCCGAGCCGGGAAACGAAACCUGUGGCUGUGCGCAUUUCACGCACACGCCCUUCAACAACUACAUGAGUUACGCAGACGACUCCUGUACCGACUCUUUCACCCUGAAUCAAGUAGCCCGGAUGCACUGCUACAUGGACCUUGUCUACCAGACGUGGCAACCUGCCUCCAAACCUCCCCCGGUGCCGAUGCCCCCUCAUGUGGUGGAGCAGCAUCACAAUUCUAUCAGCUUGGAAUGGUUCCCGCCUAUUUCGGGACACUUUUACGACAGAGAAUUGGGAUCAGUGUGUGAUAAAUGCACAGAGGGGAGAGUUCUACUUCAGUACGCCUCCAACUCAUCAUCACCCCGACCGUGCGCCCCUUCUGGACACUGGUCUCCACUCGAGGCUGAAGGUCCUCCUGAUGUCGAGCAGGCCUGUGAACCAAGCGUGCGCACCUGGAGCCCCAACGCGGGGAUUGAGCAGGGCAUCGUCGGCUUGUCUGAGUGCCCCCUCCAGGGCUGCAUGCUCCAGCUGGAGUUCCCCCAUCCGCUAGUACCCGACACACUGACUGUCUGGGUCACGUUCUUCAGCCCUGAAGAAACAGCACUACCGGCUAUCCACAACAUCCUGCUACUCACAGUCAGUGGCAAUAACAUCUCACUAGGCCCUAGUAAUGUCUUCUGCGACACCGCACUCACCCUGAAGCUUGACGUUGAGGAAGAAGUCUACGGGGUGCAGUUCUUCACCAUGGAGCAGCACCUGGAGAUCGACGCCACUCUCUUGGCAUCCAAACCGGACUGCUCUCUGUGUCAUGACUGCCAACCACUGCGCUACCGUUUGCUGCGUGAGCCGCCCUUCACCCACGCACCACAUGGUCUCAUUUUCAAUGAACCAUCGCGCCGAUAUACAGACAGGGAUGUGGAGCCACAUGUCACGUACACUUAUCGAGUCCAAACCAUCUCUAGUCGAAGCGAAAGCGUCCCUUCUCCACCUCUGGUGCAUGAACUUGGGGCAACCUACUGUGGAGAUGGAUGGAUCCAGAGUUCCAAAGGAGAGGAGUGUGAUGACAUGAAUUCCAUGAAUGGUGACGGCUGCUCCAGCCAGUGCAAGAAAGAGCCUUUCUUCAACUGUGUUGAGGAACCGAGCAUGUGCUACUACUAUGACGGGGACGGCAUUUGCGAGGACUUUGAGAGAGAGACUGGCGUUCGAGACUGCGGCCUUUACACACCCAGCGGCUUCCUGGACCAGUGGGCAUCCGCUGUGGAUGUUUCCCACGAGAAGAAACCAUACUGCUCGGGAGAGGUUGCGGCUGGUUAUCCUGCUGUUACGAAGACAUGUCAGUCCAAGGUGUUUGAUCUCUCUGAUGGGGUUUCUCAAUACGCCUGGUUUCCGUGUCACGACGCCCGCAAGUCUCGGUGGGGAUACCCAAACUUCUGGCUUAAGGCCCACUUUUCUCACCCGAUGGUGGCGGCAGCGGUGAUCAUACACCUGGCGGCUGACGGGACGGGUUACAUCGACCAGACUCAAUGUAACAUCACCGUUCAGCUGGUGGACACCAAAGAAGGAAUCCAUAGUCUUGGUGAAUGGCGACUGAGCUGCCGUACAAACCCGUUGGUGAUUCCAGUGAGCCACGACUUAUCGGUGGCCUUCUACCACACCAAGGCCAUCCUGGUCAUGUUUGCCUCCCGCCUGGUGGCCAUCUCCGGUGUGGGUUUGCGCUCUUUCCAGUCCUUUGACCCCAUCACCAUCAGCAGCUGCCAGAGUAAUGAGAUCUACAACCCCACUGGUCAAAGUUGUGUACAUUAUUCGUGCGAAGCCAUCGACUGCCAGGAGCCCUUGAUCCGCAAUGCAGAGCUCAAGUGCAACAACGCCGGCCGCCAUUUCUACAACGGCGACCGCUGCACCAUCUCCUGCGACUCGGGAUAUGUUCUGCAGAUCCACCAGGAUGAUGACAUCAUCAAGAGCCAGUCUGACUCUUUGGUGACCAUAACCUGCGCAAACGGCAAAUGGAACAAACAGGUGUCAUGCGAGCCAGUCGACUGCGGUCUGCCUGACAAAUAUCACGUUCAUCCGGCCAAUUUCAACUUCCCCGAGGGAACCACCUAUGGCAAGAAGAGCACUUUCCAGUGUCGCGAACCCGCCCAGCUUGUAGGUACCAACAACACGCUGACCUGCUUGGAGGAUGGUCUAUGGUCCUUCCCGGAAGCUCUCUGCGAGCUUCGCUGCCCUGCUCCUCCGCCCGUGCCCAACGCCGUGCUGCAGACUAAACGCUGCAAUGAGACGGGCCUCAAAGUGGGAACACUGUGCAAGUACAAAUGCAGGCCGGGCUAUCAUGUGACCAAUAAACCCAAGAGGCGAGCGUUUAAACGUCAGUGCACCGAAGACGGAAGUUGGCUGGAGGGGGCGUGCGAACCGGUGACUUGCGACCCCCCGCCACCAAUCUUCCAUGGUUCCUACCACUGCACCGACGGCUUCCGCUUCGACAGCGUUUGCCGACUUAACUGCUCUGACCCGGCCGGUAAUAGCGCUAAUGCCGUCACUGGAGGCUCCGCCCACACGGUGAGGCUGCUGCACGCUCCAUGCAAGCAGGGCGCGAGCUCCAACGCCAUCCGCUGUAGGAAGGACGGCAACUGGACGGGGUCCUUCCGCCUCUGCCCCAAUAUCAAAGGCCAGUGUUCCUUACCUCAAAACCUGCAUUACAGCCUUCAGUACUCAUGCAGGCGAGGUCAUGGCAUAGGCGAGGAGUGUGAGCUGUCGUGCAGGGAGAGCAACAACGACGUGGUGAUCCUCCCUAGCAACAUGACGGCAGAGGGUGUACUCAAGGAGCACUGGAGGAACCCGCACAAGGUCAAGAGUAUAGUCUGUACAAUGGGACUGAAGUGGUAUCCACACCCAGAAUUGCUCCACUGCUUGAAAGGAUGUGAGCCAUUCAUGGGAGACAACUACUGUGAUGCAGUAAACAACCGAGCCUUCUGUAACUACGAUGGAGGAGACUGCUGCCAAUCCACUGUCAAGACCAAGAAGGUGAUUCCAUUCCCGAUGUCCUGUAACAUACGGAACGAGUGCUCUUGUCGGGAUCCCAACGCCGUAGAGAACAGAAGGGAAGAGAAGGUCCAUUCCCUGGGCUGACCAAACCGAUGAAGGAAGAGGGCUUUGGGGUGUGGGUGGGGGGUUUUGUUCAACAUCUCAAGACCCUUCGCACCAACACCACACUCAGAGUGGGUAAGGCGGUAACACCCCCCCCAACUGCCCCUCGAUCUUUGUCCUCCAUUUUCCUGCACAUGCUGCUUUAACAGGCAUACCUCUCCAUCCUCGCAACCCCUCUGCCUCUGCAUCACGAAAAGAUCGAGAAAAGACGACAGGACUCACAAGAUGCCACUGAAAACGUCAUUCCUCAACUAUAAGGAACGUAGCCUCACAGUAUCAUCAUCAUGAAGCAAAAUGCAGCCAUUUAUGAAAUAGCCAGGAAAAAAAAAUGGAAAACCUAGACAGGCCGAGGUACUGUAGCAUGCCUUUUGUUCAGUGUCUAGUUUAGUGCCCUAGCUUGAUAAUUACACAAUGAAAGCAAUUCCAAAUGUGUGUGGGGGAGGGGGAGUGUUGGAUCAAUAAUUAUGAAUAUGAAGGAAAUGAAGACACAUGUUUCUCAGACACGUUUAGAAGACAUGAGGUUUUGGCACGAGUGGUCAGACAUACUGCAUCUAUUUUAACUUCACUCGUGUUUCUUCUUCGGCACAUCAGAGGUUCAAACUCGCCUAGAACGAUCGUCUCAUUUACACUCCGCAGAUUCCACACACAAUAACUGAGAUAAAAUAAACAAACAGUCACGGAAACUAUUAAGUAAUUACCCUGCCACCGCGAAAUCAAUAUUCCCAUAUGUCUCGUUUUGUUUUUGUUUCAGCAAAUUUCAGAGCGUGGAAUGAAAACAACGUCCAUGCGGCCUCUGCUACUGCAUCUGCCGCUAAUAGAAUUUUUUGCAUUGUAGUAUCCUCAUGGGGGGGGGCGGGCGUUUUACGUCUUUUUUUUGCGGUUCGCAGGGAAUCCUUUGCAACCAAAAAAUAGCAUUAUCCAUUGAUUGCAACUGAAGGAACGUCAUUGUAAACACCUCACUUUGCAGUAGUUGGUUUUAGUUUCAGUUUUAGAGUUUGGGUUAUUUAAUUCUCGCGGAACGGUUUCCCCACAAAUUCACCUUUCGCUAAGACCUAUAACGGCCCUUCCACCACCUCUCCUAUUAAUUCAGUUUAUAAAACAUUUGGAACCAACAUGGUGCUUCCAUUAUCCCCAGUCACAGUUUUCAAAAGAAACAAAACAGAAGACAUUUCAAUUACCCCGGGUAACCUUGCUAACACUGCAGAUGGUGAUUACAACGGAUGACCUCAUAGUUUCAUACUCUACAUUUAUCUGAGUAUUUCCGUUGUGUUUGGCAAAUGAAAAAAAACAGACUAACAACAUGUUUCAAGUUGGACCCAAUAACCUUUAAACCUUCCAGGUAUUUUUUUUUUAGCAGUAAUGAUAUUACAAGGUCACUUUGACCCAGAGUGUGAUUAAUUAUCCAGACAUGUCAAAAAAGAUCUGACUAAACAUUGGUUUUAUUUCAUGACAAAUUCUAUUAAUAACUAUUACAUUGUGAAAUCGCAAAGGCUUUCCUCCCCAAAAACUAUACUUAAAUAUUCUAUAUCGUUAACUAGUCAAUUUGCCCCGCAACGUAAAAGGAUCGUUGUAGAGAUCAAUAAUAUAGCCAAAAUUUCGACCUGUAUUCUUCACGGUGAUUGGCCAGGUUUAGCGAAAUGGUGAAUUAAUUUCAUUUUCAUGACACACACACACACACACGCACACACAAGCACAAACAGUGCUGCUGAUGCUGCUGCUUGGCUUAUCAGCCCACGUUUUGCUGCUCUGGUUAGGUCACAGCGUGACUAAGACACACAGUUGCGAGGGAUUCUUCAUCACCAAAAAUACACACAAGAAACGACAAAUAUAUUGUAAAUAUUACUUCUCAAUAGAGGGUGAGAUUUUCUUUUUCAUGUAUUUGAUUUUUCUACCAAAUGUCAUAUUCAAUUAGUGUUUGUAAUAAUGACUUCAGUUACUGCACUUUUUAAGUUGCCAUGUAAAAAAAAAAAAAGGUCUUUCAAAAAAAACAUAUGUAGAAGCUGCUAUCGUCCAAAUGAUGUUCCAAGACAAAUAUUUGGUCCUUUUGCCCCCCAUGUGUUGCUUUAAGAUGACCUUUUCCCAAACUUGCUUUGCUUAUUGCGAACAAGAGCAUCAGAUAUAUCGAAAGGUUUUAAAUCCGCCCCAGUGUAUAUUCCAUAGAACCUCCAAGGUCCAUCACAUUGUGCUGAGCAAUCAUUUUGAAGACAUUACUGUCUUAAACUGCAGUAAGUUCCAUUUUUUGGCUCUUUGCCAUAUUGUGUCAUCCUGCUCCUGCGGUGGCACGACAGAUAUAAUAAAUUAAUAAAAAUCACUGCUUAACCAAUUUUUAUACUUUUAAUACGCCCCCCUGAGCCUAAAUCUAAAACACACCCAAAUCGCCCCCCAAAAAAAGUUGACUCACCUUCUCCAUUAAGUCUAGUGAUAUUUCCCAACAUUUUGGUUUCAUCGAUGUUGGAGGUUGUACUGUGCAUUUACUAAUAUUUCAACAAAUCACAACUAACUCAACUGGACAUUUGAUUUUCUUUUUUCCAAGCUGUUUAUUUUUUCACCAAGAAACUCAAAGUCAAACGAGAAGGAAACCUAAAUGAAGAAAUCACAAUUAUUUAUGAAUGAUUGUAAGGCUAUGUUAUUCUUAUUGCAUUUAGCAGAAGACAUGUAUUAUCUUGAUAUUACGAUACAAUGUUAUGAUAUAUAUUAGUACUCUGGUUUCAGUUGUUUUACAUACAACUGCAACCAGUGGGGUGGGGGGGCUCAACCUACAAGCCCCACUUCCUCAUGCUGAUGACCACAGGUUCAAUAUCCACCACUCAGCUCCCUUCCUGCUAUGCUAUUUGAAUGGACCAUUUGGUUGUUUAUGACUCAUGAUGACCUGUAUCCAAAAAAAUCCACGCUUGUCUCCAAAGGCUACAGAUUUAAGACUGGAUUUUCUUUUGGAGAAGGAGGUAAUCUUGUAAAGCCAUAGUCCAACCGAGCGAUUCACGCAAAGAAGGAACAUCACCUCGAAACUGUCGUCAUCACAGGAUCCCUCACUGUACCUCAUGCCUGUAAUGUUUGCUGCUUCAAUAUAUAGAUAUAUAUUAUUUUAUUGAUCUUUUUUUUUUCUUUUGGCUUCUCAUACCGAUGGUGUACAUAGUAGAACUAUUUAUUGAGAGUGUUAUACUUUUUUAAGUUAUAUUUAAUGUCCAUGUAAGUUAUUUUUGACAUUGUUCAUCCAUCAUUAUUAUUGUAAUCAGGCAACCCCCUCUGCCCUCACACACUUUUUUUUUCUUUAACCCUUAAACGUUCGAAAAGAAAUAGUGCUCGCUUCACACAUGUAAUAUGUUACAGAUUUAAAUUACAGAAUGUAAUUAUUUUUUAACUCUCUUGUUUGCUUUUGGGGAAAUAAAUUCAUGUAUGUAGUGUUAUAACAACUACAAUGUUAAAAAUUAGGUACAUUUAUGAGACUCCAAAGUACCUAUUUUAAGUUUAAAAAAAUAAAUCCUGUUUGUUUUAUGGGUGAAUCUGAAUAUUUACAAUGAUAGAAAACAUACGGACAGAAGAAUAAACCUGAUUUUUUUUGUAAUUGUGGGUUUUCAAAAAGGUAACUAUGACCUAUGAUCAUAAGAGGCGAACACUUGUGAGGGUACCCCUGAUUGGUAGGAUGAAGUCCAUUUUUUUCUGAGAGUGUGGUGCAGGGUGCAGGGUGUUCUUGGAUGCUGAUAAAAAGGUGUGGUGGAGGGAAUGGGUGGGCUGCUUUUCCUGGCCUGGGCAGCUAUUUGGCCAGGUGUGAAAAUGUGUACUCACAGGGGCCGGACCCCGAUGCCCCCACGGCGGCGGUGGCGGCCAGCGCUUGACUGGCAAAGCGACACGUAAGCCACGGGGGCAAGUGAGUCAGAUUUUCUCCAUCCCCCCUUCCACCAGGUUGGACACCCCCUGCCCCCUGCUCGGGCCCCUGCCCCGCCCGCCUCCUACUCCUUUGACACACUGCCUCAUCUGUCACUGUCAGCUCAGGCGGCACAGGGCGGCCAGUGUGGAGCGAGGCCCUGCGUAAAAAAGGAGAGAGGGAGUUUGGGCAGCUUAAAGAGGCGUUUGAAGUGCAAGCUGAAGGAACACACUUCUUCUUGGCCAAGCGCCUGGCUUAUCACAUACACUAAUAUGUUUGGAGUCGUGCUCGCUCCCCUGACAGGCUUUGAUAUCACUCCAUUUAUACCAACAGUUGCCACUUUGUUUCUAAUUUAACACCCGUUUUUUUUUUUUUUUUUUUGCAUGCCCAAAAAUGGUUAACUAAGACAAAGAAGUCGAGGACUGUUUGAAGCCUCUCCGAUCAUAAAAUACUGAUGUGCCAUCUUGUUGAAGACAUUUUUCUUUGUGUAUUGUAACACAUGAAGAAUUACCUCUCACAGGCCUCUGGUUCUAGACUUAGUCCACUUUUUGUCUCCCUCAAUAAAGGUGACUUGUCCUUUUGUUUAUUUUUAUUUUAAGAAAUAUACAUAUAUAGAAAAAUAAGUGUAUUUGCAUAUUACGUGGAUAUCUAGUGGUAUUACUGCAAUGUUUCGUACCCGAUUGCGCAACAAAUAUAUUUUAAGAUGUAAAUAUUGAUGAUUGUAUUUGCAAAAACAAUGUACUAACUGUUCGGGAGUAGCUCUUGGAUGGAUUUUUAUCCUAUAAUACAAAAGAUGUUGUAUAUUGUGUCAAAGUAUCGCGCGCAAAAUACAGUGAGAAAAAAAUCAUAGUAAAAAAACAAACAAGAUGCUUUGCCACGCCCACUUGCAGUUAGCAUUUAUUUGUCCAUAAUGGCUCUGUGGAAGUACUGUUGUCAGCUUUCUAGACCAUGAAUUAUAUCCAGUGAGUCGUAUUUAUUUGUCGUCCAAAUGAAUGGAACCCGAAUGAUCACUUCUGGGUUGAAAUGGAACCUCAGUAGCAACUCUGUUGCUUUUUUUUUUAUUAUUAUUAUGCAUUUAAAUCUUUGGUUCAGGCACCAGCCAGUAACUUUUAACAGUUUCUUUGCCCUCACUUUGGACUGUAUGAGUCAGAUAUGCCUUGGGGUCUCCACCGACACUGUAAAGGAGGCCAUCGGAUGUCUCUCUGAUGGCUCCCUCGCUCUUUGGUUUCUUUCUUACAGUAUGCACUUUUUCAGGCACAUAUACAACGAGUUGGACUUUUUAUGUUUUCCGUGGAUGUUUGUCCUUGCUUUCUUCACAGUUGCAAUUAUCUCAAUUUUUUUGGUGCUUUGGUACAUGGCAAAAACAUGUCGGAACUGUACUAUAUUUUCAUAAGGAAGAGUCAUAAAGAUGAGUAUCAUGUUGAUUUUUUUUGCUGUCAUUUAUUGUGUAGAAAUAAAACACUGGUUAAAGUGA